AUGGCCAACUCAAGCCAUCUCCUCCUCCUCUUCCUUAUCGCCACCGUCUCAUUUCUCACUCCCGCCGCUUUCCCUCCGUCACUCACCCCUCAAGAUCAGCAACACGCCGACAGAAUCAUCCAAGCCAUGAUCGGAGCCGGCGAAUUCCGCGACUGGGCCGCCGAUUUCCUCUCCGCCGUAGACGACCAAUUCGGAAUACCUCUCUCCGCCACCAUCUUCAUCCCCAACGAUUUCGACGCCGCCGGCAUCUCCUCCUCCAACGACGGCGGCGGCACAACUAACGCCGGUCGUCUCUCCGUCGCUUACCACAUCGUUCCUCAGCGCCUCUCCUUCGCCGAACUCCGUAUCUUGCAACCUCUCUCUCGCCUCCCCACUCUCCUCCCCGGAAACUCGAUCGUCGUCACCAACAACUCCGUUUCCGAUUUCACAGUCGACGGCGUUCUCGUCUCCGAACCGGAUCUUUUCCUCUCGUCCUCGAUUGCGAUCCACGGCGUAGCUUCGCCGCUUGAUUUCUCUCGUUACGGAGACUUUGACAACGGUGGUGAUACUGCUUUGGCCGAUAGUCUCCGUCCUUUGCCUCAAGGUCAAGGUCGUCGUCGCCCUCGUCCUGAGUUCAACUACAAUCUAACCUCUGCUUCUGUUUCCAUCGCACAUCUCUCAACAAUCUCCUACCUGCUCCCGUUGGCUCUCGCUCUGUUCUGUUCUGACUCUGCAUUUUUUCACUUUUAG